AUGAAUUCCAACAAUAAUAAUAACAAUGACAGUUCAAGUGAGGAUGACAUGUAAGUGUACGAAACUCUAACAAAAUUACCUCCUGCAAAUGAUUUGCUUCCAAGGAAAUUGACUAUAGAUAUUGAUGUAAAAUCAUUAUACCCACUUAAAGCUCUUCCUUAAUUUUGCAAGACUUUUGUCUCUUUUUUAGAGGAAUCUACACAUCGUCAUUGUGCUAUAUAGGAAACUGCUGUUGGUGAUGAAAAUAGAACUUUACUUGAUUUUUACGAUGAAAAUAAACAAAAUCUUGUGUAUAAGCGAUUUGAUCAGUUGGAUUUAGGAAAGCAGGACAACCAAUGA